CGGGAGCCAGAGGCGGGGAGGGGCCAGCUCGGCCCUCGCAGCCCUUCCCGGGGCGGCCGGCGGGGCUAGGGGCUGCCCGGACGGCGGGGGAGAAGGCCGGGGCCCUGAAACGUUUCUCGCCGCGGGCGUGCCCUCCACACCUGCGCGUUCGGAGGACUUGCCUUUUUUCGGGGAGGGGACGCCCCGUGUGGGCGUCUCGGGCCCCGGCGCCCGGCGUUGCUGACGGCGGCGGCGCCCCGUGCAGACCGACCCCCAGCCCGGCUGGGGACCCGAGGCCGCAGUCAGGGCGGAGGAGAGAGGCGGCGGGCCCUCGGAGCGGGGUGGGGGGCGCUGUUGCGGGGAGCGACCACGUUUCGUGCGGCCCUUGAAUGAGGGGGCGAGCUUUCCGAGCGCGAGCGCUGCGCGGGCUUAGCGGCUCCGCGGGCCGGCCGGCCGACGCAGCUGCGACCCCGGGACAGAGGUCAGGGGGCCGGCGGCGGAGUCCCGGCCGGCGGGGUCCGGGCGGGUGGGGCUCUGGCCGCGCUCUCCGGCCCCGCGGCCGGCCGGGAGACGGAGAGUAACGGAGCCCGCCCCUCCCUGCACAAGUCAUCUGUCCAGGUGAAACUGGAGACUGGGCCGCGAAGGUACGAGGCUUGCUGGAGAGCGUCCAUCGAGUUUCUCGUGGAGACCAGACAGCCCCAGGAUGCAGGCCCCCGGCGCUCGGGCCGCGCACCUGCGCGAGUGGCAGGAGAGCCACUUCACCGCCACGUCGGGCGCGUGCACGGCGGGUCAGAGGGCGGACGCCUACCGGGCGCAGAUCCUGCGCAUCCAGUACGCGCGGGCCAACUCCGAGAUCUCCCGGGCCUGCGCGUCCAGACUGUUCAGAAGGUACGCGGAGAGGUACUCUGCGGUCGUGGACUCCGACCACGCUGAGAGCGGCUUGAACAACUACGCGGAGAGCAUUUUGACUCUGGCAAGGCCUCGGCAGGCUGACAGCGACCAGUGGCAGUCCGGACUGUCAGCCACCAGUGUUUUCCAGAGGAGCAGCGUGCAGGAGAUGAUGCGGGCCGGCGCCGAGUCCCGAGACUCCCUGCUGGCGGCUGCUGGCGCCUCGGCGGUAGUCCAUACGGGGGCCCCGGUCCUCGGUCCUUCGAAAUCCGGCGUUCGAGGUGGUUCCGGCGAGGGCGGCCCAUUCCCGGGCCCCGCCCGAGGUGCAGACAGGACCCGAGAGAUCCCAGCGGGCGGCGUGUCGGGCCCUGGGAAUGCCCAUCCACCCGGGGUGACUGACACCCCGAAGGCGUGUCCCCCACUCUCAGCACCUCUUGGGGACUUAGGCCCUGCGACGUGGCACGCCCCCCCGUUAUCUGGCGGUGUGAGGAAGGAAAACGGCAGCUCUCCGAAAGCCAGCGUGGGACUGAGUGUGUUCUUACCCGGCCGGCCCAGCGGUCCUGCUGGCAGUGACGGUCCCCGCGAAAGGCUCGCUCUCUACGGCUGCAGCCCUGCCGACGCUCUUUCGGCCCCGCCCCCGAGCAAGGCUCUCAGCAAGACAGAAGACGGCUGCGGCGGCCAGGCAGAGGAGAGCGGCCUGCCGACCUUCAAAACCGCGAAGGAGCAGUUGUGGGCGGAGCAGCAGAGAAGGCACGCCCGUGCGUCGGGGUCGUCAGGGUCUUCCUACGGCGGCAUGAAGAAGUCCUUGGGCGCCAGCCGGUCCCGAGGGAUUUUCGGGAAGUUUGUCCCUCCCGUCCCCAAGCCAGAUGGGGGUGACCCGGGCGGGGGCGUGCAGUGCAGGCCCGAGGGAGCCGGGCCCGCAGGGCCCGCAGCCCCGGCCGACGAGCGCCUGAAGGGCCUGGAGCCGAAGAUGGUUGAGCUGAUCACGAGUGAGAUCAUGGACCACGGGCCCCCGGUGCACUGGGAGGACGUGGCAGGCGUCGAGUUCGCCAAGGCCACCAUCAAGGAGAUCGUGGUGUGGCCCAUGAUGCGGCCCGACAUCUUCACGGGGCUGCGCGGGCCGCCCAAGGGGAUCCUGCUCUUCGGGCCCCCCGGCACCGGGAAGACCCUGAUCGGCAAGUGCAUCGCCAGCCAGUCCGGGGCGACCUUCUUCAGCAUCUCCGCCUCCUCCCUGACCUCCAAGUGGGUGGGCGAGGGGGAGAAGAUGGUCCGGGCCCUGUUCGCGGUGGCCCGGUGCCAGCAGCCCGCCGUGAUAUUCAUCGACGAGAUCGACUCCCUGCUGUCCCAGCGCGGGGACGGCGAGCACGAGUCCUCCAGGCGGAUGAAGACCGAGUUCCUGGUCCAGCUGGACGGGGCAACCACGUCUCCCGAAGACCGGAUCCUCGUCGUGGGGGCCACCAACCGGCCUCAGGAGAUCGACGAGGCCGCCCGGCGGCGGCUGGUGAAGAGGCUCUACAUCCCCCUCCCGGACGCGGCCGCCCGGCGGCAGAUCGUGCUCAGCCUGAUGUCCCGGGAGCAGUGCCGCCUCCGCGAGGAGGAGCUGGCGCUGGUGGUGCAGCGCUCCGAGGGGUUCUCGGGUGCCGACGUGACGCAGCUGUGCAGGGAGGCCUCCCUCGGCCCCAUCCGCAGCCUCCGGGCCGCCGACAUCGCCACCAUCACGGCGGACCAGGUCCCCCCUAUAGCGUACGUGGACUUUGAGAACGCCUUUCGGACCGUGCGGCCCAGCGUGUCUCCCAAGGACCUGGAGCUCUACGAAAGCUGGGACAGGACUUUCGGCUGCGGGCAGUGAGCGGGCACUCGAGGGGAAAGGGGGCGUCUCCGUGGCGCGGUCUCUCCCGCUCGGCCCAGGAGCGGGCUUCACGUGUGGCGCUCGGAGGUGCGCCCCGAGUCUGGUGCCGCCACGCACGGCGGGCGCGGCAGCGCGGCUUUGCAGCCGAUCGGCCGCCUGGCGCGGGGGAAGUGCGGGUUCUCUUCCGGCAGUUGCCCACGGGUGUGCCUGUUCGCGCCGCACACUAAGGAGCUUCCUCGUUCUUUCUAACAGGUCUUCGGGGGGGGGGGUGGGUGACAGGCGCCUGGGGGGCUCACAGUGGAACCCCGCGUCUUACUCGUGUACGCGGUGGAGUGGCUCCCACGCAGCUCUCGCUGCCGGGUGGUGGCUUCCGCGUGGGGCGGCGCACUGCUGAGCGUGGACGGUCUCCCCAGAGCUGCCGUGCCUGGGCCUGUUUCCACUGGGGGCUCUAGCCUCGCCCUGUUUCCGGCCCUCGUGGGGACUGACGAAUGAAGCGUGUUCAGAAAGAGUGGGGUGCAGCCUGGUGCCCGAGGGGCACCGUGGGGCAGGGAGGUGAGGACGUUUGGCUGGGGGUCGGCGGUGGUUACCCUGUGCGGCAGCAGCCGGCAGCGGGGGCGCUGGCGUCUUUGGAGAGUGUAGGUGUGUGGGAGGGAGCCCUGGGAACGGUGCCUGCUGGUCGUGGGAACGCUGGGCGGUGGGGGGAGCGCUGGGAGGGAGAUGGGAGGUGAAAAUCCCCCUCGCCCAGAGAGUCGGUUCUUCCCGCAUGUGGCGCCCAGGACGGGCUGUCCCGCUCACCGUGGCAGCCAGGCCGUGUCCUCAGACCGUGGUCGCUGUUCCCGCGUGAGCACACGCGACAGCACCUCCCCACACGGCCGCCGGCCCCGGCGUGUGCGCGGGUGGGCCGGGUCAGCCUUCCCAUGGGGCGGGUGGGGCGGGACGCCGGCUCGCUCUCCUUGUGCUCCGUGCAGACAGCAGCACCCCGGGGUGCCUGGGCCUGCCGCCGCCUUCCCAGCCGCGCGGCCUUCCUGUGCCGUUAGCGUGGAGCCGGACUGAGCACCAGGAGCCACUGAAACCCUGGGGAAGGGGGGGACUUGCCGCCCGUGGCUCUCCGUGUCGGUGCGGACUCGGAGGCAGGCGCUGGCCGCAGCAGGGCGUGUGCUGAGUCCGGCGUUGCUAGGAGGCAACUCGAUCCUGUCCACUGGAACCUGUCCCCUGCCGGGGGUCGGUGCCACCCAGGUAAGGUCGCCGAGACAUUUGAUACACGAAAGAGCACGAAACCCAAACAUCCGGUGACAGAGGUUGUCGAGUCUGUUUGUGGGGUCUCACGCGGCGGUCCCUCACGACCCAGUGCACGCCCACCAGCGGGCAGCGAGCCCCGGCCCUGCGCAGCGGAAAGGCCGGCAGCGCUGCGGUCCGCACGGGGGCUGGGAAGCGCAGGGAGAGCCGCGGGGGACGCGUCCUCCGCUGUCCUGGGGGCCGAGGGUGGGGGUGGCGGUCCCCACGGCCGACUCCCCGUGCACAGUGUCGACGUUUUGACUCUUUACAGUAAUGCACUUCUUGGCGAUUUUUUGGUUGACUCAUUGGCUUUUUUAAAAAGUCACAAUGGUAUUUUCAAAGUAUGGAAUGUCACAGUUGUUGAAUAAAGUGGGCUUUCUGGCUGGGGGGGCGUGUGUGUGUGUGUGUGCUCGCGCAUGCACCAACAGGAUUGUUAGUGAGGGGCAGAGAGGCACGGGGUCCACCCCUCAGACAACUGCGUCGCACGUGGGGCUGAGAAAGCGGUGACCACACAGCAUGUCAGUCAGUGAAAGACGGGCUUUCCGUCCGCGUGUGCACAUCUGUGAGACCGGAUGCAGAGGUGACCCUCCCGGGGCCAGAGUCCUCGGCAGGGUCACUCGUCCAUCUCCAGACUGGCGCAGGCCCUCGGGACUGCUUUCACGGUGGCCGGGAGGCACACAUGGGUUCCCCCUUCGUUUCAGGAAACCGCGUGGUCGGAGGCCCGUGUCACACAGGGACUGGGCCAGCGGUGUGCCCGCGUGGCGCCCCACCCGCAGCCCCCUGCACCCCCUGCGGGACCAGAUGACCCCCGUCUUCCCGGAGGCUGGGGUGCAGGCGGUGCUGGCCUCCCCCGCCUGGGGAGGCGGCCCGGCCGAGCACACGCUUCUGACCCGGCGGGGCUCAGCGGCGGGGAUGGGGGACAAUCUGGACACACAAUUUCACAAAACACAGAAAAUUGCUGGAAAACGAGGGCAUGAUUGCCACUGAAGGGAAAUGGUGCAGAUAAAUCUGUGUUAAUGGACAAGCACAGUAGAUGUAAAAUAAAUGCAUU